UAUAAUAAAUUCUGUAAAUAAUAUAAAAAAGAAAAUGAAAAAUCUGUAAAAUUAUACAAACUUAACGUUUAAUAAACCUAUACAAAACGCUUGAACUUCAAAAUGUUAUCCGUAUACCAGACCCAAAUACUGAGAGGAAGAUGUCUUCUUCAGAAAACUUUUUCUAAUAAUUUAUCAUCAAACCCAAAAGUACUUAAUACAUGCAAAGUAAACAUAAGACAAUUGUCCAGUAAAACUGGCGAGGACAACAAAUUGGAGUGCAUUUACUAUGGCCCUUUAAAACCACAAAUUCGUGCUGUGAAAAUUUUUUCUAUCACAUCAAGUUUUGCUGGGCUCAUUGCUCAACCGAUUAUUAUUAACGAAGCCUCAAAAAUUGGAAGUACAAGUUUGCUGGUGGCACUCUGUUCAGUAGUGGGAUUCUUUACGUUUGUCACCCCAUUGCUAUUACAUUUCAUCACCAAGAAAUAUGUCACAGAAAUACAUUAUGAUCCCGAGACGUCUACAUACAAAGCUACAUACAUCAACUUCUUCAUUGCUCCAGUGACCAUUGAUUUCAAGGCAGAAGAUGUGGUAGUACCUGAUAUCCCCGGCAUGUUCACAACAAUGCUUGCCAAGGGCAAACCAUUAUUUAUUGAAGCUAGGCAUUUUAGCGACCCCAUAUAUUAUGCUAAGAUCAUGGGUUACGACAAACCUCUCGAUUUUAAGAUGGGGAAUAUUGAAGAAAAAGAUACUAAUAAUAAUAAAUAAGUUUUUAAUUUAAUAAAAUAAUAUUGUUAGGUUAUAGAAAUGUAAAAUUUUAAAUACUGUAUUAAAGUAUUUUUCGUUGACCCUUAAAUUUGUGUUUUUACUUUCUAGGCCUUUUGGUAUUUACAUAGGCAUUUUUUUUGCCUGGUCCUGUAUAUAAUAUUAUAUAAUAGACUGUCUAUUUGGAUAGGUAUAGUAUGUAACAAAUGUUUCCUUAAACUGUAGGUAAAAUGGGGUCUAAUAAAAGUCAUUCAUUAUUAUUCAAUUUUUAUUGUAAAUAUUAGUUUAAAAUUAUAUCAUCAGUUAGAUUUGUUUUUGCUUAACAAUUGACAAAUAUGACUAGACUAACUGCUAAUGUAAAACAUUGUUAUUAUACAUAUUACUGAAUAAC